CUCAGUGGCAGCCCCUCUCCUCAGCUUCUCCUACAGACCAGAUGCUUCUACUCACUAGGGCUGCCUGGAGCUCACUGUGUUUAGCGGUGGUUGCCAUGGCAGCAGAGCUGACUCAGGACCAGGUGUCGUGGACCAGGAGAGAAGGGGAAGCCGUCUCCUUCAGGUGUACAGACACUGACCAGUGUACUGGUUCCUAUAUCUUCUGGUACCAGAAGAAAGAGAGCGAAACAUUCACCCUGAUUCUUGACAUUGGCAAGAGUAAUGGUGCGCUUGAUAAAAGUUACAACCAUCCUCAGAAGGAUGAUUUCUCAUCAGUCCUCAAAGAGAACAGCUGGGAGUUGUCACUUCAGCUGGUGAAAGCGUCCCAUUCCGCCACCUACUACUGUUCCUGUUGGACUAGUGGUGUCACACAUGUCUAUGAUGUCGGGGGAUAUUUCACUGUGGAUAUCCCAACUUUUGGUCGUGGCACCACCCUGGUUGUUACAGACAGGUCAGUGGUGCGGCCCAAAGUGAGCGUCUACCCAGCGACGGGAGCUGAUUUAAAGGGCCGGCGCUCCCUGCUGUGUGUAGCCAGAGACAUGGUCCCUGAGGAGGUCCGGGUGUCCUGGAGGAGGAGAGGGGGGGGCAGAGGGGGGGGGAAGGACGGGGAGCAGCUGGAGCUCAGAGGACCGACAUACGCUGCCAGCAUCCUGGUUAUUGAUCGGGGAGAAACCCUCACAGAUCAAUACAUCUGUAGAGUUGAGCAUGAAAGCGGUCUGCAGGAGGAGUUCCCAGCAGAGUCCCUCCAGGUGCUGUCCAGAGCCAGGCUGGCGUCUGUGCUCUACACAGUGAUGGUGGUGAAGAGUGUGCUCUGCUGCUGUGGCCUGGCUCUCCUGCUCCUCCACACCAACAAGACCAGCAGGACGCCCAGAACCAGCACCACCACAGCCCUGGACUGACGCUCCUGUCCCCCAGAACCAGCAGACCCACCUUGUACAACCAUAUGAGGUCAUCAUGUCAACAUGUCAACAUUUUUUUAAUUUUGUUCCGAUUCUCUUUUCCCUCCACUGGUCGGACCAGAGAGCUGCAUUUCUUUUGCUGAUUUGUUCUUACUGCCGAUUAUGUAAAAACUAUUUAUAAAAAUCUAAAUUGUUACAUUUGCUGGUUGUCUAUUAAUGAAGGUGUGGAAUUUGUGGUGCAUUAUUAUGUUAAAUGAAUAAAAAAAGUUUUCCUACUCUUUGAA